AUUUCCUUAAACAAUGCAGGGCCAAACUGUACUUCUCUUCCUCAGUUCAACAUUUUGCAGAAACAGAAACACAGCUCUUGGCUUUUUUCUUUUUUUAAGCAUUGCUGACAGAGUGGAGACAAAUUUUUAUUCUACCAUGUAUAACUAUGGAAUAGCAUUAACAAGUGAAAGAUGUAGUAAUUUAGACAUUUCUUCAUUUUAGAGAGAGAAUAUGGAAACAUCAUUGGUUUUCUUUUCUCAAUUAAGUAUGUGUGAAUCAAAAGAAAAAACUUUUUUCAAGUUAAUACAUGGUUCAGGGAAAGAAGAAACAAGCAAAGAAGCCAAAAUCAGAGCUAAGGAAAAAAGAAACAGGCUAAGUCUUCUGGUUCAGAAACCUGAGUUUCACGAAGAUACCCACUCCAGUAAAUCUGGGCACUUGGCCAGAGAAACAAGAGCCUCCCCUGAAGAAGCAGUGGUAUGGGGUGAAUCAUUUGACAAACUACUUUCCCAUAAAGAUGGACUGGAGACUUUUACCAGAUUUCUUAAGACUGAAUUCAGUGAGGAAAAUAUUGAAUUUUGGAAAGCCUGUGAAGAUUUCAAGAAAAGCAAAGGACCUCAACAAAUGAUCUUUAAAGCAAAAGCAAUAUAUGAGAAAUUUAUACAGAAUGAUGCUCCACAAGAGGUCAACCUUGAUUUUCACACCAAAGAAAUCAUUACAAAGAGCAUCACCCAACCCACCCUCCACAGUUUCGAUGCUGCACAGAGCAGAGUGUACCAGCUUAUGGAACAAGACAGUUACGCACGUUUUCUGAAAUCUGACAUCUAUUUAGACUUGAUAGAAGGAAGACCUCAGAGACCAACAAAUCUUAGAAGACGAUCCCGCUCAUUUACCUACAAUGAAUUCCAAGAUGUAAAGUCAGAUGUUGCCAUUUGGUUUUGAGGAAAACUUAUUUGGCUCAUUUUGAUAGCAAACUUGUACAUCUGCUUCUAAAAUAUAGCACGUUUAUGUUAACAAAUGGGUGCAUCUUUUAAGAUAAAGUGCAUCGUCUGAAAGGGUUUUUAAAAUGUAAGUCAAAGCUUUUAUUCUAACAAUACAUACUGUAACUGCCACUAUAUUCUGUAAUACCUUCCAUUUGACUUCAUUCCAUUCAUAAUAAAAAAAGCUUAUUAUUUAAUUAAAAGACAGUAAAGAAGUAAUAAGAAUGUUUUAUAAGACCAUAAAGUUAAGUAAAGGUUAAGCUUUUGUAAAAUCGUCAAGUUUGGUGAAAUAUCUCGUUUGACUUUUUUCUAGAUGUUAACAACUAAUGCUCAGAUAUUCAUAUAUUCAGACAUUUCCAUAAUGAUGAACAUUCAGUCAUAGAUAGAGUAUAAGUGAUUCAGUUCUUACAAUGACAGAGGACAAUCAUUUGUCUUUGGUUUACUAACCCCGGCUCAAGAAUAGCAAUGUGUGAUUUCUACUUAGACACCAGCAAUAGGAACUUUAGGAAAGUAACAUCAAUCUCUGUAGAACUUCCAGGUUAAACAUAAUGUAAGUUGUUGAUUGAAGAUGGGUUCCACUCAUCCCCAAGUGAGCUUGGGUUCACCUCAUUAAGUGGAACACACUUCUGAUGGUUACAGACCGUGAUUAUGCUUAGCUCCAGAUGGGGUCUGGAUAGAAAUAGGUAGAUAGAACAUCUGCUCAUUUGUUAACAGAAUUUCUACUAAAAGAGUGGGAAAACAGUGAGUUGAAUGAUACCCAAAGGAGGUAUAUCCCAAGAGUAAUUAGGGUUCAUGUUGGGGCUUUUAGGAUUGAGAUUAAAAACUAAAAAUGAGAGGAAGUAAAGAAGCAAAGAGUCCAAGGCUCUGGAGACGCAUGCAUCUUCCACACCAGCGCAUAUUCAGAAAGUCUUCCCCCACUGAUCUUUUUCCAAAUUUCAUUGAAUCAUUUAAUACUAUGUUAUUUGAAUAAGAUUUUGCUAAUAAAUCUAUGUCUCUAAUUUAAAGAAAUGGUUAAUUUUAGGUGUAUGUGUGUUGCAUGAUCUGUAAAUGUCCAUAUUUAAAGAUGCUAUUCAUUUGGCUUUGGCAAAUACUGUUUUAGUUGAUGUGUAAAAUAGAAAAACUGUAGAUCACCUAUAAUAAUUAAUAUUUUUAAUUUCUUCAUUCAUAUAGUUAAUAGUUAAUAUUUGCUUGACCACUAAAUCCUCUUACUAAUUACUGACUCCUGUCAACUUAGACAUAGACAUAAACAUGUUUUCUUAGUAAGAUAGAAAGUACUAAUUGAAGUAUUUGCCACUGAUCUGAAUGCUAAAUCAAUUCCUAUACUGUUGUGAAUAUGAAAAAAAGGUAGCAUGCAGUUCAAGGAUCAACUAAGAAGUGACUUUUAAUUUUAUUUGAUUUGUAUAUUAUUUUUUGUAUCAAUGUCUUCAAAGAGUUUGAUUGCUUCAUACACAGAGUUAAUUCUUGAUGCAGCUUUCUGAUCUCAUCAGAAAAAUCAUGGACUAAUUUUUAACAUCAUUUGUCUAAGGCGACAAAUACAUAUUAUGAGCUUUUUCAUUUGAAAUACUCUUCAGAAUUAUAUGAUACCUUGUUUAAAUUAUGAAAUAUUCAGUGAGACUCUUCAAAAACAUACCAGGACUUUUUGAUGAAGUUAAUGCCUGACUUCAAGGAAUUUGAUAGGUGGGGGAAAUAACAUCACCAAAUACAGAAAACAAAACAAGCAAUUGAGGAAGUGAAAGAAGCCGAGUAAAAAUGUACAGACAGUACUGAAUGCUAGCUGAAGCAUUGCAGAAGUUACAAUAAAAGUCUGAGAAUUUGCAAGCCUCAGUGAGAUCCUUAAGUGGAUGUCUGAUCCUCAAAAAUUCACUUAACUUUGAAAAAACCUUAACUUCUACUUUCUUUUUAAAGAUAAGGACUCAGGAUUUCUAAUUUCUAAUCAUCUUUAUAGUUCCUACAUUUAUUGAUUCUAAGUGGAUUACCUGAUAUUCUCCAAACAACUCUUGAUGGAUACCCAAGUAAUGAAAACACACAAAUAAAUGUGGUUAAUAAAGAAAGGUUUCAGGCUAUUUAAGAUGAGUUAUUGCUCUAAGAGUAAGGAGUGAUUUUGUAGGAAACUUGGAAUUACACAAAGGGAAAGAAACCAUAGAAAGUAUAGCUUUAAAGUUGGAGUUGGGUUGAGUUAAAUAAUUAGGGUAUCUUGAAGCCCAUAGACAAAAGUCAAUACCUAUGCUGUCAUAUUUUGUAUGUAAUAGAAGCUCAACAAAUGACUGUGGAGUCAAGUGGGAGAUAAAGGAAGCAUUAUGAGAAAGUGUCAUAUUUCAGCAAAGAGAAAAGGCUUUAAAAUGUGGCAUAUUUUUAUUUGAAUCCUGGUUCUGCCACUUAUCAAGUGCAGUAUACUGGGAAAGUUGUUUAAAUAUUCUGAACUUCAAGUUUUCAUUUGCCAUACUGGAAUAAGACAUUUAUAGUGUUCUUAAGAUGAUUAAAUUUUAAAAUAUUUGUAAAGUGCUAAGUAUAGAUUGAUUUUGAUAUGUGGACAUGAUUACCGAAAUUAUUCCUGGUAUUUAAGUAUCAGAUUUUAAUUAUAAUAUAUAUUUCCCUAAUAAUGUCUAUGUUAAAAAUCAAACAAAUGUCCUUUGAGAAUAAUGAGAUUUUCUUGAGUAAAAUAUGGGGACAGUUAUUGCUGUCAUCAAAUCUCAUAAUUUUGCACUGCAUAGAAGAGUAAAUAAUAAUAUUUUAGCUAAAUGAGGAAUAUGAGAAAAUUAUAAUCUUAAAAGUCUUCUAAAGACAAAACUGAAAAAAUAAUGAACUUUUAGUUAUAUGCAAUGUAUGCCUUCUUUAAGAAACAAAAAAAAGGACAGAGCACAUUGAAGAUGUAUACCCAUCAAAAGGCUUACAGACUUGAGUAUAGCAUUAACUAAAUUUAAAUACAUUAAAUUUAUUUUCAUUGUGCCACAUUAACUUAUCUUUAAUUUCCUCACUCUUUAAAUACCAUGUCUAUAAAAGAGAAAAAACAAAAACAAAAACCCUUGCCAAUUUAAUCACAUUUGCUCAUCUACAUACCUGAAGUCUUUUCAACAAUAAAAGUAAAAGGUGAUAUAAUAUAUCCAAAUCCAUCUUCUAUAACAUGUAAAAUGAAUGAAUAAAUAUUUGUUGAAACUGUAUUUUAUUUAUCUGUUAGAUGCUGGACAUUCAGAAGUGAAUCAGAGAGGAAUGAACAGGCGAGAGAAAGAGGGAAAGAAACUUCAUUGUAUGUUCUCUGAUAAAGUUUGAAUUCUACAAAAUACAGCUGAAAGCCAUGUUUUAAAAUAGACACUCCUUCAUAUUUAUCCUAAAUAGGAAAUCUUUGACCGAAUUUAUCUUUUGAAACUAGAAGUAACCUAGUUUUUCUUUUUCUAAUUUCUUUAAGAGAAACAGAGAAGACCCACUUUCACAAUUGUGCAUCUUUUUUUAAAUGAAAACAGAACUAAUAGCAAUCACACAGAUAAAAACACAUUUUAUUUAAGACUUGCCUUUUAAAUGAACCAAUUGUAGAAAAGACCUUCAAAAGAGUAAAAAAAGGAGACAGAGAACAUAAUUUUAGGCAACAUUUUAAGAAAUCAUAUAACUUAAGAAAUGAGAGAAAAAUUAACAGCAUAAGCGGUAAAAUAUUACAUUUGAAACAUAGAGCCAGUAUGAACUGUGAUUCUAAAGGAUAAAAUCAUUUUAUAGAAAAUACAUUUAUGUGGAAACUUGCCUUUGAAUUGAACUUUCUAGAGUAGAAAUGAAACUUUUAGAAAUAAUAACCAAAGGAAAUAUUUUAAAAAUCAUGAAUUUAGUAAAAACAUUAUUAGCUUUCAGAUUGUAUGUUUAUAGUUUCAUCUCUGACACCUUUACCUAUCUGCAGAGAAUAAACAGUAAUUGUUAAGUAUGAAGACUGAAACAUUGCUAAGUUUAGAGCUACUAAAAAAUAGCAAAAUUUUGCUUAAUAGACUAUUUAUUAGAGCAAGGAAGUGAAUGAAAAACAUUUAGAAGAUUGUUAUCGGCCUGUGAAACCCAACAAUUAUUUUCUGAACAUUGAACAACACGCAGAGAAAUGUGAAUAUUUAAACAUGAACUCCAAAGAGGUCAAGCCAGUAUGAAUGAUACAUGUAUUUAUCAACCCAUACCUGGGAAUACUCUGUAUCUAAUUUAGCCUUGUUUAAUUACACAGAGUUUUUGUAGUUCAAUAAACAUUUGCUGUGCUUUACUUCUUUUCCAGUCAUUGUACUGGACUGUAGGAAUGAAAAAGCUAAUAAUAUAGUGUAGAGUCUAUUGUUGAGGCUAUCACACCCAAUGGCAAACACACAAA